AUGGCUGGGUUGACCUGCAAGAUUAUUAAGGAAACCCACCAUUUGUUGGCAGAACCACUUCCUGGGAUAAAAGCAGAACCAGAUGAAAGCAAUGCACGAUGUUUUCAUGUGGUCAUUGCAGGCCCACAGGAUUCCCCCUUUGAAGGAGGGACUUUCAAACCUGAACUAUUUCUUCCAGAAGAAUACCUAAUGGCAGCUCCUAAAGUACAUUUCAUGACCAAAAUUUAUCACCCUAAUGUAGACAAGUUGGGAAGAAUAUGUUUAGAUAUUUUGAAAGAUAAAUGGUCUCUAGCUUUGCAGAUCCAUACAGUGCUCCUCUCAAUCCAAGCUUUGUUAAGUGCUUCCAAUCCAGAUGAUCCAUUAGCAAAGGAUGUAGCUGAGCAGUGA